GAUUUGAAAUUGGUGGGACCUUAGCCCCUGUCCUCCAUGCAGUGCUGCAUCGAGGCUCUUUGCAGGUGCAGCGUGCAAGCGGCUGUCACUUGUUGGGCAGUGCGCCUCUCCAAGGGCUGACAGGCUGUUCGCUGGCUUCACGUGACGGUCGCUGCGCGUCACCGCGACCCGCCAGGAGGCUAAAGCGCGGCUCGCUGGCACUCAAUGGAGCAGACGUCUCUGUCAAUUAAGAAUUAACUCCAGCGUGGUGAAUGAGUAAACCGGACAUCUUUGUGACAGCUGAUGCUCACUGAUUUCCCGGGUUGCUCUGCAGGCUCGAUUGUUUCCCCCUGUUAUUUAUCAGCGUGCCAAGGGGAAAACAUGGCUGGUUUAAUGGCAGCUUUUGGUUGUUACACUCACGCUAUCGUCCGCGGAGUUCCGACGUCUUUGGCCAAAGAGGCGCUCCGGACCGGCCAGGCGGAAGUGGAUUCAAGUAAGGCGCAAAGGGAACACGAUGCGUACGUCCACGUCCUGAGGAGCACGCUGGGUCUCGAGAUCGUGGAGCUGCCUGCUGAUGAGACGCUCCCGGACUGCGUGUUCGUGGAGGAUGCGGCUGUUGUGUGUGGGGACACGGCGCUCAUCACCAGACCGGGUGCAGAGAGCAGGAGGAGAGAGACAGAGGCAGUGAAAGGUGCCUUGAAGGAGCUGAAUCUGAACAUUGUGGAAAUGGCUGAUGAGAAUGCCACAUUGGAUGGAGGAGAUGUCCUUUUCACAGGUCGAGAGUUCUUUGUUGGCCUGUCCAAACGGACCAAUCAAAGAGGAGCAGAAAUCCUUGCUGAUGCCUUUAAGGAUUAUGCAGUGUCUACUGUCCCUGUGUUGGAAGGGCUCCAUCUGAAGAGUUUCUGCAGCAUGGGGGGACCGGGCCUCAUCGUCAUCGGAUCCAGUGAACCUGCUCAGAAAGCCCUCAAAAUCAUGCAACAAAUGAGUGAUCAUCGUUAUGACAAACUGACUGUGCCCGAUGACCUUGCCGCCAACUGCAUCUACAUGAAUCUGCCCAAUAAAGGACAGGUGCUUCUGCAUUGCCCAAGAGAGGAGUAUCCAGAAAGUGCAAAGGUCUUUGAGAAGUUGAAGGACCACAUGCUGGUCCCCGUGUCCAACAGUGAGAAAGUGAAAGUGGACGGCGCGCUUACAUGCUGCUCUGUGCUCAUCAACAAGAAGGCCAACAACUGAACCGAGCCUGCGUCCCAUCACAACAGAGUUCAAGACUUGGUGAAACAGUCAUAGCCACUGAAGAAUUAAGAGGAUUUGGUAUUUUUAUUGAGGGGCAAAUCAUAGCCUUAAGGUCAGACACAUUUUAUUCCUUGAAAUGAUUACAUUAACUUUUCUUAGAAUUGAUUCACACAACAGUAUUGAUUUUAGGUUCUUUGUGUUUGGCAGUUGGAGUGAGGCCUCACCCAAUUAACACUGUAUUUUAGUCACUGUUUUUAUUGAAUCCAGUUCAUCAUAACACUUUGGAAAACAGAACUUUGCUAUGGCAAAACACAGAAGCCGAUUACUGUAUAGCUUGCAUGUGUUAAAACUUGUCUUCGACACAGUGUGUGUUGAAGUCCAACACUGUCGAGACUGUGCUGCUUCUCAACGAGACUCCGAGCGAGAGCUGAGGAAAUGACAUCAGGAGGUGAUGCUUGCAUAUGGGCAGGCAGGCAGUGAUGAAGCAUGGAAAGAAUUUGGUUUGUUCUGUUCAGAGGAAAGGCUUGCAAUGCCAGUAAACACUAACCCUUAAACAUGCUCCCUCUGUCUUCCUCUCUACUGUUGAAUCAUAGACAGCUUUGUGCCAACUUCAAUCUUGUUUUACAUAUACAGUCUAGCAGAUGCGUUUAAAUUUCUGAAAAUUUUAAGUAAUUGUUGCGACAAACAGCUGAAAAGGUGCUGAAUGUAAGUGUCAUUGCAGGCAACCGUCACUCUCAACAUUGUUAUCGUGCAAGGGUUUGCCCCAUGGGUGAUCAACUUUUAUUGAUCUCAGCUAAUUAUUUUGUCAGAACAUGACGUACUAUACCUCGUCACUAUUAUACAUUUUCCUUGGUAGGUAAAUUGAAAUCGUUUUAUCAUUAUGUUUUACCACUAUGGAUUUUUUGGUGCUCUUUUGUGUACACUGUGUGAUAUGAGCACUUAAUUAUUCUGUUGAUUUUUGGAGGGAUUUAUUCAAUUUAUAACUGCUGCACUAAUCUGUUGAUUUUUUUUGUGAUCAUCUUUGUUCCAACUCAGGUGUUUUGUUUUUAAUGAAGAUUGUGACUGAUACCUAUUUUAGCAUUUGAAAAGCGUAUUUCAUGUAAUUUACAUCGUAAAGUAACCCUCAACAUUCAAUCGAGUUGUGUUUCAUGACUAUUAAAUGACUGUUAUUGUAGCAGAGUGGUCGUUAUGUUGUCAUAUGUUUUGAAGAGCGUUUAAGAUUGGUUUGGUUGUCAAUUUCGCCUAAUAUCAGGGACACACUCUAGAAACGUCACUAAAUAAAUGCAUUUAAUAAAAGCACACUACCACCAUCUAGUGGCAAUAAUAUCAAACCUGCUGUUUUUUUUUCCAUCCAUCCGUCCAUCCAUUUUCUUGACCGCGUAUCCUCACGAGGGUCUCGGGAGUGCUGGAGCCUAUCCCAGCUGUCAACAGGAAGGAGGCGGGG